UGUUUACUUGAGUAUCGAAACCCAAUUAAAUUCAACCUCAACAAACUUUAUUCACGUUAUAAACUACUAGACACCGAGCAAUAUUACUAGAAGCCAUCGAACAUUAUAACCCUGGUAAAGUUGACAACUCGUCAGUGAAACAUUGAUUUGAAAAGAUGAAGGUUUGGAUCCUUCUAGGACUUCUUAGUAUUUUUAAAGUUUCUUCAGUUUUCACUCUUGAACAAGAAAGUACGAAACUCAAGGAAAAACACAUCACUAUACACAAGGUCAUUGAGCAUCUACAGAAUUAUUCUUUUCCAAAUAAUAUUUCUAACAAUGACAAAUCGAUAGCUAAAAAUGCUAUCCUAAUCAUAGUUGAAGGUAGUCAAGGUGAAGAUGCUUGGAAAAAAUUUAAAGAAAAUCAUUCAUUUCCGAUUGAGGGCUUCCUGAGUAGUUGCAAAAAUGCAUCAAAUAAUUCACUGUUGUUGAGUGAUCAUAAAAAUUGUCAGUGUGAGGAACUUUUGAAAAAAAAUAUCAAUGAAUUAAUGACUUGGGCACAACUUAUGAAGGAAAUGAGCACAGCAACUAUUUCUGGCAAUAAUUCAACCCUUCCAUCAUUUUUAAAUAAUGGAAAUCCAGUUCAUGGUGAUAAAAAAUUCCUAGGGAAUAAAAAAAAUAAAAAUGAACCAACGUUUUUUCAACAAAGGCCACGUUCAGAAGAUUCUUGGCACUUGAAUCAUACCAAUAACCAUCCAACAUUAUCAUCGUCUGUUUUAAAUAUGAAUUCCCCAGUCAACCGAAGCAAUGCCUAUGAUGCACUCUGGAAUUUUAUAUCGACAAUUUCACGAAUGCAUUCAUUAAUUUUUAGAACAAUUUUUAAAGUAAUAGGAAAACAUUUUAUACAUAACCGAGUUCCUUCUCAACACAAAUCAAUGUUUCCUAUUGGACCACCCAAAUUUAUUGAUCUUAUAUCCAAUACACUAAUGGAUUUGAAACUUACUUCCAAUAGUAAAGGGUUUCUGUUGAUUGUCAUUACACCUGGAGAUCAAUUAUCCAGAGUAUAUCAAACUAUUGAAACUCAGGUUCCAUUCAAUGAAACUUUAAUGGUAGUUACUGGCGAAUGUUCUAAAGACGAUCAAACCAUUCCAUAUUAUGUUUCUGGACUAAAACCACAUCUUCUUUUGAACAUCACUGCUGUAUUCGAACUUCCAAUAGCACUUAAGUCAACUUUAGAUGGUUGUCAUGGCAUUUGUGACAAUAAAACUUUUCCUCUUACCAUUUCUAUUAAAGAUGGUCCUAAAAAAAGGAAGAUACGUUCUGGAGAUGACGAUGAGACCCAACAAGAUGAUGAAAAAGCUGAAGAGUCAGAUGCUGAUUCAAACGAAAAUGAAGAGUUAGGUGAUAAUGGAGAUUCAGUGAACUCUGAUCGCUACUCAUCAGACUCGGACUUGGCAAGAGAUGAUCCAUCAACAUCUCACCGCACAACUUCAUCUUUGGCUCUCAAAUUUAUUCUUACUCUUGUCAUAAUGAUUAUUACGUACUAAGUAGCAAAAUAUUGAAUUAUCAAUUAUUUUUGGUCAAAUAUUAAUUCAAAAAAUAUAAGUAAAUUAUAAAACUAGAAGAACGCGUUUCACUUACUUGCUGCUUCGUUAGAUUUCUUAAGAUUGUAUUUUUUCAGGUCUAAUUAAUGUUGUAUUGCGCUUUUAACGACAAUCAUUUCCAUAUUGAGUAAAUUAUCCUUUACGGAUGAGCUCAAGUAGAAAAUGCUCAUUUCAAUUCAUAAAGGCGGAAGAAAGGUUGGAUUGUUGAUGCCAACAAUACUCAGUUUAUUACUUUUCAAGAAAAAUUAUAUAAAAGAUAUAAAAAUUUGUAAUAGGAAUUAUUGAAAAAGUAUUGAUUGUUGUGCUAUAUAUAUUGACAGAU